AUGGAAGUGAGUCAGUUCCUGAUUGCUGUAGGUAUCUGCUUUCUGACGGUGCAGUUCAUAAAGCUGCUUUGGGCACAUCGAAAAUUUCCUCCUGGACCUGUUCCUUUCCCUAUCUUUGGAAGCCUUUGGAGAAUUGGAUGGAAGGUUCACCAGGAUACUUUCAUAAAGCUUGCAAACAGUUAUGGAGACGUCUUCACCUUAUGGAUAGGACACAUACCAGUGGUUGUACUAACCGGAUUCAAAGCUGUGAGAAAUGGAUUAAUUGACCAUCUUGAAGCAAUGUCUGGGCGACCAGUAUUUCCUUUCUUUAAAAUUCUGGGAAAUGAAAAGGGCAUCAUGUUUUCCAAUGGAAAAACCUGGAAGCAGCAGAGACAGUUUGGAAAAGCUAUCCUGCAGAAGUUGGGACAAAUGAAGAAGGGUCUGGAACAUCACAUAGAAGAGGAGGCUUGUCAGCUUGUGGAGACCUUUGCCCACAAAAAGGGACAACCUUUGGAUCCUUCAUUGCCCAUCAUGCAUUCAGCCUCCAAGAUAAUUCAUGCAGCAGUUUUUGGACAGCCUGUUCUCACACAGGAUGAUGCUUUCCAAAAGCUUAUUGAACACAUUACUAAUAUUACAAAAUUCAGAGGCACUUUUGGAGAGAUGAUGUAUAACAUCUACCCUUCACUUGUGCAAUACAUCCCUGGGCCUCACAAGAAGGCACUUUCCUCCUGUGAAUGUAUACAUUCCUUAAUCAAGAAGGAGAUAGAAAAUUAUAAGAAUUCUCAGGCAUCUCAUGAACCACAAAGCUACAUUGACUUCUAUUUAGCUCAUAUGGACAAAGAGAAAAAGGACUCCACAUCUACUUUUCAUGAAGACAAUUUGGUUCAAGUUAUCGUUGACUUGUUCAUUGCAGGCACAGACACAAUAGCUGUCACCCUUUCUUGGGGUCUGCUUUUUAUGGUGGUUCAUCCUGAUAUUCAAGAGAAAGUACGGAAGGAGAUAGAAAAUGCACUGGAUGCCUCCAAAACAAUCUGCUAUGAAGAUCGGAAGAAAUUGCCUUAUUCCCAGGCCGUAAUUCAUGAAAUCCAGCGCCUCACCAGUAUCCUAUUUUACACCCUGUCUACGUUGUGCACAACAGAUUUGAACAUAUUUGAUUUUUACAUUCCAAAGGGUAGCCUGGUAAUCCCCAAUCUGUGCUCUGUUCUGCUUGAUCCCAAACAAUGGGAGACACCGCGACAGUUCAACCCUAACCACUUUUUGGAUGAAGAUGGAAAAUUUGCACCCAGAGAAGAAUUCUUUGCCUUUGGGGCAGGGUGCCGUGACUGUUUGGGGAAGCCUUUGGCCCAGAUGGAGCUCUUCAUUUUCUUUACCAACCUUAUGAAAACAUUCACCUUUCAGCAGCCAGAAGGAAUGAAGGAAGUUAACAUGGAGUCUGUAAUAGGGGGCGGGAUGCAACUUCACCCACUGAAAAUCUGUGCAAUUUCUCAUUAGCCUGCAGCACCAUCAGUGGUGGAUUUGUUGCAAUGGGUUUUGAUUCUCCUGUGGCUUAAUUUUAUCAGUUACUGCUGAUGUCUCCAUUUCAUAGUUUUGCUCCAUGAUAUAUAUUUAUGAAGUCUUCAUACACACAUUGCCAUAUUUAUCCAAGAUGAAGGACUCAGAUUGAAGAUGAUUCCUCCAAAUAGGAAGAGUAGGCUAGAAAAAUAACAAGAACAGCAAAAAACACACAGUUUAUUAGGGAAGACUUGGGGUAAUUGCUGGUGUGCUGCCUUCCCUGCUGCCAGCAUCAUCCCCUGCUGGAUUCUGUGGCUGAGCUGGGAAUAGAGUCCCUGAGGCUGUUGGUGCUCAGGUGUUUCAGGCUGCCACCCAGUGGCAUAGAGUCUGGAGUGGCACAGGAGUUCAUGGCCUCCAUGGCCUCCAUGGCAACCAUGGACCUGUCCCAAGUUAUCAAUGGCCCAAUGCAUACUGGGGGUUGCAUGUUACAUUUGGGUGACUGAUGGGGUUCCAGCGGGAGGUUGGGUUUUCCCUGAAGAUUUGGGUGAGGCCUUGGGAUGGGCAAGUGAUGGAAACGGAGUGUAUCACCCUUAUGUGGGCUCUCCUUGUGCGCCAAUCCUGGGCUCAUCUUGAUUUAUUGGAGAGCUCUGGGAGAUGAAGUGCCAGGAGAAAUGCCUGGAGCACCAUUGGAGGAAGACUCAGAGGGAGUAUGACUGAACAUGGAUAAGAGCCCAUUUUAGGGAUUACCUUGAGGCAAUAAUGGUGGUGAAAAGUCAAUAGCUGUCCAGAGACUCUGUUCAGGAUGACCAGUCCCUAUUGGGUAGGGACGGGCCAUAGCAGGGCUACUGUGAGGAAUAUUCUGGCUAUCUGGUAGAUAGGGUUGCUCAGAUCCACUCCAACUUGGACUCUGACUGGACAGGUCCAGUUGAAGUGCCUGGGAUGAGUUUGAACCAGUGACUCCUGAGGAAGUGGGCAGGGUUCUCUGUGCUGUUAGCUUGGCCACCUGUCUGCUGGAUCCAGGUCCCUCCUGGAUCGUGAAAGUGGCCAGGGAGGUAACCUGUAGUUGGGUCCAUGAUGUUGUUGCCUUGAAACUCAGGUACCCAAGUGGCAUGGAGCUGGAAAGAACCCUGAAUUUGAGAAAGAGACACUCAAUACCCUUGCAAAAUGUUUUUUUUCGUCCCCCUGACAGUAUGCACCACAAGUUCUUCAGGCAAAGUGAAAAGUUUUUAUUAAGGGGGGGGGGGAGCCAAGUCUUUAUAUACGGUACAGAAACAAAUGAUACAUACAUUCAGCAUAUGUGAUGCAUCAGGAAGCAACAAAUCAACCAAUAAGAGACAUUGAUUAGACAUGUCUUACUUCCUCGUGAGAUGGGCGGUG